AUGUGCUGCACGACUUGCCCAACGAGCCGGGGCAGCAGCAGCUCUUUCGCCUCCUCGCCACCUGGAUCACCUGCCGCUGCCCCUAGCAGCAGCAGCUGCUGCUGCUGCUGCUGCAGCUGCUGCAGCAGCUGCUGCAGCAGGUGCUGCAGCAGGGGCUGCAGCAGGGGCUGCAGCGGGGGCUGCCGCUGCAGCAGCAGGUGCUGCUGCUGCUGCAGCUGUUGCAGCAGGUGCUGCAGCGGGGGCUGCUGCCUGCUGCAGCAGGUGCUGCUGCUGCAGCAGCAGGUGCUGCAGCAGGUGCUGCUGCUGCACAGGGAGCGUUUUAUUGCUGCUGCAGUAAGUGCAGCAGAAGCGGUAGCAACAGCAGUGGCUGCAGCUGCAGGAGGGAAAGCAACAACUGUAGAAGCAGCUGCAGCAGAAACAGCUGCUGCGGCCGAAAAACAGCAGCAGCAACAGAAACAGCAGCAGCAGCAGCAGCAGCAGCAGGGUGGCACAAUGCAGGGAGGUCAAAGCAGCAGGCGGCGGCUGCUGCUGCUGCCCAGGGAUCGUCUUGCUGCUGCUGCUGCUGCUGCAGAGUUCUUUUUUGCUUCUGGGUGUCUGGCUGCUGCUUUUAUGAGACUAAGGCGGGAAACUUGUGAGGGUUUUCUUGGCGCGCCCGGCGAAGCUCGAGGGUUUAGGGUUUAG